CACGAAGUGGCCCGAAUGAACAUCGUAGGAGAUUAUCGGAAGUCGAUUAGCAUCUGCUGGGUCCGGGACAAGAGGUCGAUGAUGCAGACAAAUGUCUACUGGUGCCCUGGUGGAGACUGCUCCUUGGUGUCCAGGCGUGCUAAGGUGGCCGCCUUCUACACGGUGAUGCUGCUGCUUUCUGUGAGCUUGGCCACGGCACAGAGUCAGGUUUUCAAGCACGAAAUUGACAACAGGAGUCCAGAAAUUGAUCCUUUCUGGUAUGUGGGUCGUGGGGUGCGGCCAAUUGGUCGUUUUGGCAAAAGGCAAAUUAAAAUGUAUAGCAAUUUGCAGCCUGUUGUUAAUAAUAUGGAACUCAUUCUGAACAGACUGAGAAAUCAAGAAAUCCGUCGUCUAGAUCAAACAUUAGGGGAGGAGCGACCUGACUGGAUACCAUGACAGAAGAGUCCAUGAUAAAAAGAAAACAAAAAAAAAUGUUGAAUCUGCCCCUUUAAUAUGUGCCAGGAUUGAGGAUGUUUCAAGUAAUCAAGAUAUGGAAAAUAAAAUAGCAUUUUAAAAGUUAAUGUGGUAGAAAGUCCUUCAUGCUUUAUGUUAUCUGUGAGUUCAUCAGUUCAAUGUAAUUUGUCUUUUGGUAGAUAACUAAAAGGCUGUUCUAGCUCUGUGCCUCAGAGUGGUUUUCUAUGUUGUUAUAAAUGAAAGUCUCAAUUUGCUGUAACACUUUCAAAAAUUAUGGAUGAAAGCGAGU